AUGAAGUAUCCUCUGGUUCCUUUAGUGACUGAGCUGACCUUUCCUCUUCUUUUCUUCUGGUUUUGUUUGCCAUUUGUAAUGCUGUUGAUCACAAUUAUUAUCUGGCUACAGCUUCUACUUAAUGAAGCACAGAUGCCAAGUGUAGAAGAAAUAGAGAAAGAAUCUUCUGAUGAACUUGAUUGUGACUCUAACUUUGAUGAUGAACCAACAGAGGAAGAGAGCCAGAGUGAUACAUCUAGUACAGAAAUGCACGAGGAGACACGAUGCAAUGGAUCUGUGGAGACUCUGAGGCCCAGUCCUGCUUAUCUGAAUUCAGAACCAAUAAACCAAAAGCAAAGUCUUCUUGCUGCAAUCUUAGAUAGCUGCUGGUCUCAGAGCCUGAAGAUAAGACCUUCCCUCGCUGAGAAGAGCAAUCUCUGUAACAUUGUGAUG